CAAAAUGGCACUUGCUAAAGAAAUCAUGGGCUUCUCUGUAGUGAAAAAUUCAAAAUCUGCAUUUGUUACAUCAUCAAACAUUCUUAUGUUGAACAAUCAUUUCCCUCAGAGAGAUGCUAAAAGACAUUCUGUUAAUCCAGUUGUAUGUUCGGAGGAAAAGAGGUUUCAGAGGACAACUCCUUUGGCUGCCAUUACAGAGAGUGUGGUCAAGAUGGCUCCUCAACAGCCUGGUAAGUUAAAAGUCAAAGCUGUGAUUAAUGUGAGGAAUAAUAGGAAGCAAGAUUUGAAGGACUCACUUGUCAAACGCUGGGAUUCUCUCACUGACAAGAUUACAAGAAACGUUGUUUUGCAACUCAUCAGCACUCAAGUUGAUCCAAGAACCGGAACACCAAAGAAAAGCAGGGAAAGUGUAGUGAGGGAUUGGUCUGAAAAAUGGAAUGUGAAGGAAGAGAUGGUGAAUUACACAGCAGAAUUCGAGGUGGACUCGAAUUUUGGAGUGGCGGGGGCAAUCACAGUAGUGAACAAGAAUCGGAAGGAGUUCUUUGUGGUGAGUAUUACCAUUGAAGGAUUUGCAUGUGGUCCGGUUCAUUUCCCUUGCAAUUCAUGGGUUCAGUCUAACAAAGAUCUUCCUGGAAAAAGAAUCUUCUUUUCUAACCAGCCGUAUCUGCCAAGUGAAACGCCAGCAGGGCUUAAAGCAUUGAGGCAAAAAGAUCUGAGAGAUUUGAGGGGUGAUGGCAAAGGCGUUAGGAAAUUGUCGGACAGAAUAUAUGAUUAUGAUGUGUACAAUGAUUUGGGAAACCCUGACAGGGGUAUUGACUCUGUUAGGCCAACACUUGGAGGUGAUAAAAAUCCAUAUCCAAGACGAUGUCGCACUGGACGCCUUCCAACCAUGAGUGAUGUGCAUACAGAGAGCCGAGUAGAGAAGCCAUUGCCUAUGUAUGUGCCACGAGAUGAACGGUUCGAGGAGUGUAAAGCAAAUACAUUCUCAUUUAGUAGGUUUAAGGGCAUGUGCCACAACUUGCUUCCAUCCAUGAUGGUAAAAUUCUCACCAGAAAACCCCAACUUUAAGGGGUUUGAACAGAUCGACAGCCUCUACAGCGAUGGUCUUUUCCUCAAGCUAGGGCAGCAAGAUAAAAUUUUGGAAAAGUUCCCUAUGCUAAAAGGAUCAAGUCAUGCUUAUUUUCUCAAAUUUGACAUCCCCAAAAUAUCUUUGCUGGACAAGUUUGCAUGGUUGAGAGAUGAUGAAUUUGCCCGCCAAUCAAUAGCAGGGGUUAACCCUGUGGCCAUCGAAAGACUUGCUGUUUUCCCACCGGUGAGCAAACUUGACCCUGAGCUCCAUGGUCCGCAGGAGUCUGCUCUUAAAGAGGAACACAUUGCUGGCCAUCUUAACGGCAUGACAGUGCAGGAGGCUUUAGAGGGAAAUAAACUUUUUAUUAUGGAUUACCAUGACAUCUACCUACCAUUUAUAGACCGAAUAAAUGCCCUUGACGGUCGUGCAACAUAUGCAACACGCACCAUCUUUUUCUCAACACCUUUUGGCACUCUCAAGCCUAUUGCUAUUGAGCUUAGCUUGCCUGGUCCUUGUUCCAGGUCAAAGAGAGUAGUCACACCUCCAGUAGAUGCCACAACGAACUGGUUAUGGCAGCUUGCAAAAGCCCAUGUGUGUUCCAAUGAUGCAGGAGCUCAUCAACUCGUAUAUCACUGGCUACGUACACAUGCCUGCACAGAACCAUUUAUAAUUGCGGCACAUAGGCAACUGAGUAAAAUGCACCCUAUAUAUAAGCUUCUUGACCCGCACAUGAGAUACACCCUAGAGAUUAAUGCCCUGGCUCGCCAGAAUUUGAUCAAUGCUGAUGGUGUUGUUGAGUCAUGCUUCACUCCUGGUCGCUACACCAUGGAGCUUAGUUUGGCUGCCUAUAAGGACUGGCGCUUUGAUUUAGAGGGACUUCCUGCUGAUCUCAUUCGAAGGGGAAUGGCAGUCCCGGACCCAACACAACCACAUGGUCUAAAACUCCUACUAGCCGACUACCCAUAUGCUGCUGACGGACUUCUAAUCUGGGACGCUAUCAAUGAUUGGGUCCGCACCUAUGUGGAUCGUUAUUACCCAGACUUGGACACAGUCUGCAAUGACAGGGAGCUCCAAGCGUGGUAUGCAGAAUCCAUCAACGUUGGCCAUGCUGAUAAGCGUACUGAAAGCUGGUGGCCCAGAUUAGCCACCAGCGAAGAUCUCAUUUCCAUACUCACCACCCUAAUCUGGCUUGCAUCUGCUCAGCAUGCUGCAUUAAACUUUGGUCAGUAUCCUUAUGGUGGUUAUGUCCCCAACCGGCCCCCACUGAUGCGGCGACUAGUGCCUGAUGAAAAUGAUCCUGAAUACGUCAACUUUGUCUCUGAUCCAGAGAAGUAUUUCCUGGCCUCAAUACCUAGCAUGUUACAAACAACCAAGUACAUGGCUGUGGUGGACACACUGUCAACUCACUCAGCAGAUGAGGAGUACAUUGGGGAGAGAAGCCACUCCUCUAUCUGGACCGGAGAUGCAGAAAUGAUCGAGGCAUUUUACAAAUUCUCAGCCAAGAUUGGACAAAUAGAGAAAGAAAUCGAGGCAAGGAAUCGCAAUCCAAAACUGAAGAACAGAUGUGGUGCUGGAGUGUUACCAUAUGAGCUGCUCACACCAAGUUCUGGUCCUGGAGCAACAGGUAGAGGUAUUCCUAACAGUACAACUAUAUGAAAGCUAGUUCAGAUAGUAGAGUUUUCAGUCCCAUGAGAUUAGACGUGGCAGCUUUACUCACAACACGUUACAGUACAAUAAAUUUUCUUAAGUUUAUUAUCUAUAAAAUGGAUGAAUAAAUGUAUAUUGAUCAAAGGUUAGAUGUGUGGCAUGUAAGAGUUAAACAGAUAAGAUAAUUAUUUAGCAGUCAUCUGAUUUCGACCCAUAAGCUAUGAUCAAUAUUAU